AGUACGUCAUCAUAAUGAAGUUAUUAUAAAUUUUUCUUACUACUUAUAUUGUUACUCUUUUUUCUAUUUUAAAAUGGAUAUGGAAAAUAACUACUCGCAUAUAUCGAAUGAUUGUUGAAAAAUUUGCAAAACAAUAAUGUAAAAUGUAUUCACACAUCAUAGUAAAUUAAUUUUUGUCUAGACAUUGUUUUAUAGAUAAAUCACAUAAAAAUGUGAAUGUAAUGUUAAAAUUUUUAAGAUAACAGUUUACUUUUCAUUAAUUUUUGUCAAUAUUUAGGAAUGAACUGUAUUAUUGAUUAUUCUUAUUAAAAACUUUAAUCAUGGAAAUCAAUUUAUAAUGCAAUCGAGAAACUGGAAAAAAAAUUUGUACGAGAACCAUGGAUUACCGGAUAAUUACACACACAACUCAUUCUUAGAAGAAUUACGUAAAAAUGUCAAACCAAACUCAGUAACUGUCAACGAAGCAAUUGCACUGGGAGCAAGUAUUUCUAUACAAAUCAGUAUAGUUAUUUUAUUUGUCAUUAUAUUUAUUUGGCUAAACAAUGAAUGGACAACACCAAAUGUCAUUUUUACUGCAAGUGCUACAUUAACAAUAGCAGGUUACAUUAAAUACGUGUUUAAAAUUUUAAAACUUUUUGACAGAAUAUCUAAAGAUCUACGUACAGUAUUAAUCUUCUUAGCCUUUGGAUAUAUUUUAUCCCCAAUUUUAAAAACUUUAACAGAAACCAUAAGCACUGAUACCAUAUAUGCUAUGACAAUUUUCAUGUUUUUAAUUCACUUAAUUUUCAGCAAAUAUGGUUCAACUAAUGCUUCUUUAUCAGAAUCAUUAUCAAUAACAUCUUCCAUUUUUGGCUCAUUAAUGUUAACAUCCAGGCUUUCAACACCAUUGCAUGCAUUUUCUCUUUUAACUGUAGCAGUUCAAUGUUUCGUACUACUACCUUUUUUAUUAUCAAAACUUGAACAAAAAAUGUUUUUAUCCUUAAGUUUAGCUCUUUGUACUUUAUAUUUGUUAUGGGAUAUAUCAACAACUUUGUCAUAUGCAUUUAUUGCAAUUUCUGUUUUUGUACAUUUGAUAUGUCCUUUAUGGUACAUAAAGUGGCAAGAAUAUAAAGAAAAUAUAUAUGGCCCAUGGGAUGAAGCAGUAGUUGAUUCAUAGCAUUAGAAUAACAUGCUUGAAUAAUAAUAGGUACUAGAAAAAUGUGUAUAUUUUAUACUCAUGUAACGCCCGUUACUAACAACAAGUAUCAAUAAGAAUUCAUAAUGCCAAUAUUACUCGUAAUAAUUUUGUUCAGUUUUUAUUAAAAAAUUUGUGAAAAUUAAUAAAAUUAAAUUAAUUAUGUAAAAAAGAUUUGCAAGUAGUUGCUUAUGUUAAUAGAAUUGUAAUUUUUGUAGGUAAUAUAUAUUUAGGAAAAUUUUGUAUAAAAUAUUUAUUAAAUAAUUGUCUAACAAUGGGAAAUUUUAAUUAAUUUAUAAAAUGUAUAUACACGAUUUAUUUGACCACUAUGAACUGUAAAAGCCUUUUAAUUCUUCUGAUAAGAGCUUCAAUAAAUCCUUGUUCUACUGUUGUGUAUUCACUAUGUAUUUCUAAUAAUCUUGUAAUAAAACUAUCUGUAAAAAUAGA